CUCAGCGUUAAAGUUUGUCGGCGCAGGGCUCUUCUUCUUGCCCGCCUUGUUGUGCGUUGCUAUUUGCUAAAAUAUACAAAGAAAUUGGAGAAUUUCAAUUCAAAUUAAUGAAAAAAGCAGGCGAUAUAACUUAAAAUCGUUUAAAUAAAAGCUCCUGAAUAAGAUAUUGAUUUAAACUAUUCCCGAAUAAAGACAAAUUUCUUCUGGAAAAAGAAAAUAAAAUGAAUUUUGUCAAAGAUGAAAAAUAUCAUAUGGUUGGUGAUGUAGCCUAUACAGAGGAUAAUAUAUUAAUUUAUAAUAUAUUCGUACGCAAUUUACCCAAAAGUGCCAGCAUAUUCCAUAUUUCGAAAUGUUUUCGAGAAUUUGGUGAAGUUUUGAAAGUCGGGUUUCUGGGCAACGGUAAGGGCAAAGGUAAAGGUAAAAAUUGUUUUAUCAACUUUGCUGAUCCAAAGGUGGCGGCCAUAGUUUUACAAAGAAAAAACUUGACCUUUAUGAAUCGUUUUAUAUCGGUACAACCCUGCAAGAGUUGGUAUCAACCAAAUGGUCAAAAUCUUAUACAACUACUAAAUGGAAAUUCUAAUAAUGCUGACCUAAACGAAGCAGCCUGCAGCAGCAAUACUAGUUUUUCAUAUGAACAAAAUUCCUUGAUAUUAAUUUUAAACGAUGAUUGUCUAGAAUAUAUAUGUAAAAUGCUACCUCUAAAGGAUCAAAUUCAUUUUGCUCUCACCUGUCAACGUUUUUGUGAAAUUUUCAAAAUGAUUUCACUACAUAAAUAUGUCAAUUUAAAUACGGAACUUUUCGCCACAUUAACACAAUUCCAAUCAAAAAUAUUUCUACAGAUGGUAGGACCACAAGUAAAGAGUUUGGUGAUUGAUUUAAAAUAUGCUUUUCUCAAGUCACAUACAGAGAUAAUCACUCUCAUUCGUUUUCUGGGAACAUUUUGCCCAAAUGUAGAAACACUUAAAAUCGAAGCCACCGAUCUGCAUGUUAGUAAAUUACGUGCAUUAAUUGCAAAAAUGCCAGAACUGAAGGAAUUACAUUUGAAUAAUGUAGAGGUAAAUGUGGGCUUAAUAAAAACCCUACAAACAUUGAAAAAUUUAAAGUGUUUACAUAUAUUAGAUGAUGGCUGUUUAAAUGGUAAACAUCUUAAUAUGCUUGUUGGCCUGGAAAAGCUAUCUCUACGUGGUUGUCAUCAUCUAAACUCAUUUCAUUUUAAAAAACUCUGUAUAAAUCUGAAAAAUUUACAAUACCUCGAUAUACGUUCUUGUGACAAGUUGAAAAAACCCGAUUAUGAACAUAUUUUAAAGCAUCUCGUUCACCUGGAAACUCUUAAAUUUUCCACCAUCGAAGAAGAUUUCAAUUGCAUUACAAAAUUGCCCAAACUCAAGCAAUUGGAAAUUACGGAUAAUGAAGGUAUUGUCAUAGCGGAAGAGUUUUACAAGAAUUUAGCACAACAUCAAGUCGAUAAUUUGGAAGAAUUAAAAUUAAUGGAAUUAUGUUAUUUUAAUGAGGAUAUCGCUUCAUUCGUGUCUAAAUUACAAAAAUUAAAAGUAUUAGGCAUUGAUAAUGAUGCCGUUGACGAUAAAUGCUUGGAGAAAUUCUCAGUCUUGAGUGAAUUAGAAGAGCUGCGUCUAAACAGCUGUGAUGACAUCAGCGAUAAUGGUGUAUUAGCGCUUUUAGAACAUUGUGUUAAACUAAAACAUCUCCAUUUAACUUUUUGUGAUAACAUAACACCUGAUUUUGUGCGCAAUGCCUUAAAAUUGUUGCAGGAACAACAUGGUCGCGGUAAUCGCACAGAUCGCUUAAAUAUAACUCUAACUUAUAAAGAUCAGUUUGAAAGUUUAACUGAUGAAAAUAAUAUCAAAUCUUCAGAUGUGCUCAAAGUAACAUUGGAUCGAGAUUUUAAAAAAUUAUUUAACUUUUAUCAUGAUGAUGAUGAUUAUGAUUAUUUCGAUGUUGAUGAUGAUGAUUUUGAUUAUCCGUUUGGUUAUGACUACUACUCUGGUGUAAAGUAUCCAUAACCUAUACACUUUUUUUCAAAUAUUUAGUUCUCAUAUCGUCGUUGCUCCGACAAGUGUUUCUUGUUUGGUUUUCUGGAGAACAAAAAAAAGAAAAAAAAAACUUUUAUUUUGUAUUUUCGCGAACUACAUUUGAAGUUAUAUGUUUCGUGCGAACCUAGCUACAAGUGUGUUAUGAUUCGCCAUUUCUGAUCUAUAAUUAAAUAUUUAACAAAAGCUACACAUAACCGAUAUUGUUUCAAGCAUUUUGAAGCAAAAUAUUUUAAAAUUUUAAUAUUUUAUUACACAUAACUGAUUUUGUUCAUAAAACGUGUACAUAGUUUAUAUGAUAAAAUACUAAGAUAAUUUCUGAACAAAUAAAGAUAUCCUCUUAGGAUUUUGUGAAUGGA